AACAAUGAUAGUGUUAGAUAACUUCAUGUCUGAAUUUGGCAACGUACAAAUUAACGAACCGUCAUUCUAAACUGUUGUAGUAGUGUGUAAUUUAUUUUAGUUGAAGUGCGUUCCUGUUAUAAACUUUUUUUCGUCCUCAAGAUGCGGAAUAUGAAAUUGAUUCUAUCUGUUAUACAGUUUUUGAAAGAUGAAGCAAAGAAAGAAAAUGCUGAUACACGAGAAAGUUUAGAAGUUGCUGUUCAGUGCUUACAAACUGCAUAUGAUAUUGGUGACAAAGACUCUGAUUUACUUGCAUUGACUUGUCCUUCAUUGGAAGAAAUUUUCCUCAAGUCUGUCCCUACGUCCGAGGCAGAAGAAGAAACAAGUAGUGAACAUUCAGGAAAUAAAGCAGAAGCAAUGAAAAAUCUUGGAAAUGAUCUAAUGAAAAGUAAUAGAUUUCAUGAAGCAGUUAAGUACUACACUGCUGCUAUUGAGUUAGACAGUCAAAAUGCUAUAUAUUAUGGAAACAGAGCUGCUGCAUAUAGCAAAUUAAAUGAAUUCCAGAAUGCUAUUAAAGACUGUGAAAAGGCUAUUGAACUUGAUCCAAAAUAUGCAAAGGCGUAUGGAAGAAUGGGUUUGGCCUAUGCAAGUCUUGAGCAACAUGAUCAAGCUAUAAAUGCAUUUAGAAAAGCAGUAGAAAUUGAUCCAAGCAAUGAAAGUUAUCGUAGUAAUCUCAAAAUAGCUCUUGAGAAAAAGGAAAAACCAUCAAAUACGCCUAUAAGUGGUUUGGCUGGACUUAGUUGUGUUGAUUGGCACACAUUGUUUAGUAAUCCAGCUUUUAGAAGCAUGGCUUCAACCUUAAUGCAAGAUCCUAAUAUUAUCAGUGCAUUAUCCGCUGGUAUGAGUACUUCAUUAAACCAAGUAACUUCAAACACCAAUACUGCUAGUGCCCCACCAAGCAAUGAAUCCUCUGGAGCUAAUCCAAAUGCUUCCCCUGGAAACAAUAGAAGUCUAGAGAUGCUGAUUGAGGCAGGCCAGUAUUUAGCAGCACAAAUGCAAGCUGCUAAUCCAGAUCUUGUGGAGCAGUUUAGACAGAACACAUCUAGAAAUUUUAACCCUCCAAAUCAAGAUAGCAAAGAUUCUGCGCAGUAAAUGAAUUGUCAAAAUACUCAUUUCAAGCUCCUUUUUAAAGUAUUUUUUCCUUUCAAUUUGAUUUUUAAAAAAGUUUAUUUAUGGAUAUUGUAAUCUUAUGUAAAAUAAGUAUACUUGUCAUUACUUGACAAAUGGCAUAGUAAAUUAUUUUAUAUGUAAGUUGGAAGUACAAUUUUAUAAUAAACUAUUUGUUGAAUGUAAAAGAAGUGGAAUGUAAGAGAAAUAUAGAUUUGACUGCAGAUGUAUUAAAUGGUUUUUACCAUUUUACACUUAUGUAUAUUUUUUACAGUGUUAAUAAAGUACUUGAAAGUUCUCUAAGUAAA